GGCACCAGUUUUUCUGAUGACAGACUCACCGUCGACCACCAUUCCAAGUAUAAUUUGCAGUUAUUAAGUGACCAGCUACCCAUUUUAAUUCCUUCCUCGACGGGAAUUCGAAUAAAAAGAGGACGCCAUUUAGCUCUUUAAUUUUAACCCCUGCCGGAAUCUUCCAAGUUCUGUCAGCCUCACUCCUAUUGGGAAUGAUUGAUUUUGCAUUACCAAAAUACCCGACCAGACAGAUACCUUUGCAAAUACUCAACUCUGGAUUUCAGCGAGCUUUUUUAUCGAUUGUUAUCACGUUCUGCUCUUCAAUGGCUCCUUCCAUUGGUAAGAUAUCAGCUAUGCAAUUUGCUGAUAUCAUACCAAUUAUCUCUAAUUUCGAAAGAUUUUUCUCCCACACAGAAGAAAGCAUUCUUUGCCAUACGGGAAUUACAUUAAUCUCAGGACAUGUUUGUCGUUGUAGGCGGUGGGGGAAGGAAGGUAAAGAUAUGCAUGCAGCAUGCCCUUUGUUUGUUGCCUCAGCUCGUCAGUUAGCAAAAGCUUUGGAAGUUACGUUAGCAAAUGAUUUAGGAUAUACAAAGAGAUAUGUGAGAUGUCUUCAGGUUGGAAAUAAGGGAAUUAUAGCUGUUGGUGAGAACUGUAAAUUUCUUACAGACCUUAGCCUUCGAUUCUGCGAUAGAAUAGGGGAUGAAGCACUUGUGGCUAUUGGUGAAGGUUGCUCUUUGCACCAUUUGAAUGUCAGUGGCUGCCACCAAAUUGGAGAUGCUGGAAUAAUUGCCAUAGCAAGAGGAUGCCCUGAACUCAGUUACUUGGAUGUGAGUGUACUCCAGGAUUUGGGCGAUAUGGCCAUGAUGGAGCUAGGUGAAGGAUGCUUGUUGCUGAGGGAUAUUGUGCUGUCGCACUGUCGUCAAAUAACAAAUGUAGGUUUAAGGUAUCUUGUUAACAAUUGUACCUUGUUGGAAACCUGUCACAUGGUCUAUUGCCCUGGUAUUACUGCUUCUGGAGUAGCCACGGUGAUAACGAGCUGCAAAAAUAUAAAGAAAGUUCUUGUAGAGAAGUGGAAAGUGAGUUCAAGGACCAAAAGGAGAGCAGGAUCCAUCAUCUCCUAUCUCUGUGUUGAUCUUUAGAUCUCUGUAACGCUUUCGUGAUAUAUUCCAUGCAGCUCCAAUCAAAAGCAGCAAGGUUACAGCAGAUUAUCGUUCUGUUACCCAGUUUAAGCUGUAAAUCGCCCCAGCAUAGAGAAGGCCUAGCGUCGUGAGAGCUUGUCUUGCACUUUUCUUUAUCUGCUAUGUUUUUUCAUUUGUUUAUUUGUCUAAAUCUCACAGGAAUGUGCUAGUAGGUUGACUUUAUUGUAGAAGGUUAAUUACUUGUU